AUGCACUACAAAGAGGAAAAGGAAAAUAAAAGUUUCCAGUUUGACAAGCUGUCUUCUGCAUCCAUUUCAUCCCAAGACCAAGCCAGCGUGGAGGCUUUUUCCUCCUUUCCUUUUCGUGAGACUGAUCUCAACCUUGCCAGGACACGGUUUCCUCUUACUCGACCCAGUCUUUGUAAAAAAUGGGAGGCAGCCGUCAGAAGGAAAAACUUGAAGCCCACCAAGUACAGCAGCAUUUGCUCAGAACACUUUACUCCGGACUGCUUUAAGAGGGAGUGCAACAGCAAGUUACUGAAAGAGGACGCUGUCCCCACAAUAUUUCUUUGUACUGAACCACAUGACAAGAAGGAAGAUCUUCUGGAGCCCCAAGAACAGCUUCCCCGACCUCCUUCAACACCCCCCGUUUCCCAGGUCGAUGCUGCUAUCGGGUUACUCAUGCCUCCUCUUCAGACCCCUGAUAACCUCUCCGUGUUCUGUGACCACAACUGCACUGUGGAGGACACCAUGCACCAGAGGAAGAGGAUUCACCAGCUCGAACAGCAAGUAGAGAAGCUCAGAAAGAAGCUCAAGACCGCACAGCAGCGGUGCAGAAGACAGGAGUGGCAGCUGGAGAAGCUGAAGGAGGUCGUGCACUUCCAGAAGGAGAAAGACGACAUCUCCGAGAGGGGUUAUGUGAUUCUACCAAAUGACUAUUUUGAAAUAGUUGAAGUCCUGGCGUGAAGAGUGAAAUCUGUGUUGGUGUUCAAUGGGGCAAUACCACCUGCCCUCUUCUAGCCUGUAGAGGAGUUUCGUUUGAAAAAAAUUACACUUGGUCACUUGUAUAAAAACAAUUCAGAAUAUUUUUUUAAAAGAAUAAAUUAGAUAUAUACUGUAAACUUGUAAAUGUUUUGUUUGUAAUUUCAGGGUUUUUACAUUUUAACAAAAUAUUUUUAAAGUUAUAAACUAGCUUCAUUGUAAGUUGGUUUCAAGAUUGGGGAUUUUUGUUUCUUAAUUUGAGUAUUUAUAGAAAUGAUAUGAAAAAAAGUAAAGAGAAUGAUAACAGUGCAGUAAGGGUGAUUUAAGUUUAAAGUUUAAAAUUUUAAAUGAACAGUUUAUUGAGAGAACUUAGUCACAUUUUAAAUCAGAAGCAUA